AUGCUUCGAGGGAUGAUGAACUUCAGUUACAAAGUAUUAAAAGUUGAAGAUGUAAUGGGAAGUCACAUUGAAGACCCAAUUACCUUUUGGGGCCAGCCAAUUGAAUUAAUUGAAGAUCUUCUAAAGAUAUCUACUGCUUUGACAGAAAUCUGCCCAUUUGCUGCCAAGGUAUUUGGAGAUCCUGCUCCUGGAAAGAUUUAUGGUGGAUUAUAUUCUGAAGACCAAUGUUGGUAUAGGUGCAAGCUGAAAAAGAUGAUAACCAAUGAAAAGUGUCUGAUGACUUAUGUUGAUUAUGGAAAUUCUGAAACUCUAAAAAAGUCAUGUAUUGUCGAACUUCCGGAAGAUAUGCAGUAUCCUGGAUUGGCCAGCAGGUUCAGACUCUGGGGUCUGCAGAUUCCACAUAAUCAAGAUGUAACUCCAUUUGACCAGGGAAGACGUUUUCUGGCCAGUUUGGUAAAUGACAAAAUAAUCCGAGUUAAUCACAGAGAUACAGCUCAGGAUGGAGCCUUCCUUGUACUUGCACAAAGUGAUGCUCUAGAUGUUGGACAAGAAGUUAUGGAAAAGGGAUUUGCUGAAAAGUACAGGACCACUUCUGCCCACAGCAAUGAAGGAAUAAAAAGUAACGUGGUCCCAUUGAUUUCUGGUAGAAAUGCUGAAGGGUUUCAGGGAUUUGGCAGUGGUUCACAGAGAAUGAAGAUUACCCUUGAUUUGAGAAAUGAUCGGCUGGGAAAUGAACCUAAGGGACGAGUAGACACCAUUGAAUAUGACAGGGAUCUAAGGCUGGAUCAUGGAAAUACUCUUGUAUGUUCAUUGGAGAGAAAAAUAUCAGGUCAAUGUCGUCCUGGAAAAAAGCUCAAUAUGGUGAAGAUGCAACAUGAUCAAAAGUUACUUGAAGAUCAAAAUGAAAAGUUGAGAGUCAAAAAUAGCAAAUAUCUCCAAAAUUGCAAUUUACUGCAGGGCCAGAUUAAGCAGCAACAACAUGAAUUGAAGAAAAUUGAAGAAAAAUUAAAACAGCAUCAGGAAACGGAAUUAAAAUUAGCAGAUGAACUAAAGCAUGCUGUUGAAACAAAAAUCAAAAGCUUGACAAACAAGGUUGAAAAACUCCGACAGGUUAGGUAAGUGUUUUUGGCUCUGUCAUGUAAAGUUUUGAUAUGUGAGUUCAAUGAGAAUCAUUUUGGAGAUGAUCUAUCUGAAGCAGUGAAAGUAAUUACUGAGCCAUGUCUAUGCAUGUUGCACUCAAUGAAAACAUUAGAAGAUACUUGGAAUGAAUAUAACUGUGCUCAAGAAACACUUCAAGUAUGUAACUCGAUGGAUGAUGUGCACAUCCUAAUUGACAAGCGUAAUGAAGUACGCAGCUCUCUUUAUGCUGCAGCAGACGAGUUCAUCUCUGAAGUAGAAAAGUUGCCCAUCGAGGAUCGUGUGAAUGUUCUAAAGUCUUUAGCUGCUUCACUGGAUGCUGCUUAUGGCCCUUAUGAAGUAGAGCACAACUCGAACGAAAUGUUUGAUCAGUUUUUUGAGUGGAGAGAUAAUAAACUACAGGAGUUCAACAAUAUUAAGCAUAGAACAGACAGUUCACUCCAGCUGUUGUCUGAGUGGUUCAGUAAAACUAUGAAGUUUUUUGACCUGAACUCUAGUGCUUCAUUGACCUCCAUGGAGGUAAUCAAUGAUAUUGAUGCUGUACUGGAUCAAGCUGAACAAGAUGUUUGCAAAGAACUUGAAAUUUCCACGACACAAAAAGAUGAUGCUGACAUAAAGAUAAUCUGUAGUGCAUUCAACAAAGCAAUGCAGAUGAUCAUCAAGGAGCAAGACCUUCUUUUGGUUAUACAAAGCAAGUAUGAAGCCAGCAUUCAGUUUAAGGAACAAGUUGGACAAUGGCUUAAUAGUUAUCCCAGUGUUGAAGAUCUAUUGUCAAUCAAAAGAUCUGUGAAGAAUCUUAAAGCUCAAUUGAGAUGGAAACUUGUUGAAAAGAACAACUUAGAAGACUUGGGCAGUUAUGAUCAAGUCAAGGUACAGGAGAUGAAGGAAGAAAUAUGUAGACUAAGAGAUGACAUCUAUGAAGAGAUCUGUCGUGAGCAAAGAGAAUAUGAAAGACUUGGUGAUGUAGUUCAAAAUUGGUUUCCUGAACUUCCUCUCCUCUAUCCUGAAGCAGCAAUCAGGACUUACAUGCAAUCUGCUGGUCUACUCACUGACAGCCUAGAGCGGGAUUUAUUUGAUCCAGAACCCAUGAAAGAACUAAGCAGCAAGCGACCGUUGGUGUGCUCUGAAAUCAAAUCCCAGAAAAUCCUUUUGAAGGGUUAUUCUGUAGAUACUGCCACGGAAGCCCAAAUGAUAGAAAGAGCUGCCCAAUAUCACCGAGCUUGGUCUGUGUUGAAGGAAGAAUCUGGACUUCUCCCUAUUCUCUACCUGUUUGCUUGCAAGUCUGAACCAGUGACAUAUGUUAUGGUACCAUUUUAUCCAGGAUGGUGUUUGAAAACUGUGCAGACCAUCAAGCCUUUAAUCCUAGAGGAGCUUUGUAAAGUAAUGCAAGGUGUCGCUGUUGGUCUACAGACACUUCACAACUCGAAUAUUAUACAUGGCGCUCUCCAUCCACACAACAUAUUUGCUGUAAACCGUGAGCGUGGAGUUGUGGGGGACUUUGAUUUUACCAAGACUGCUGAUCAACGUAAUAUUGCUAGCUGGAUGGUAGCAGAUAAACUAGAACUUGUAGCCCCUGAAGUAAGAAACGGCCAACCCGCUGUGCCUGCAUCUGAUGUUUUUGCUUAUGGCUGUUUGCUUUUAUGGGUUCUGAGUUAG